AUGGAGAGAACCGAAGUACAACGCAUCAUCGAUGAGGCCGAGAAGGCUCAAAGGCGGGCAUCCGAUACCCUUGAGAAAUUGGACCAGGACACAAGUACUCCAAAAGUGACUGAGUCACAGGUGCGCGACCUUACCAAGGCUUGCUAUGAAAUGCAGCAACAAAUCGUCAACGCACGAAAUAAGAUAUACCAUAACCAGCAAGAGUCCGAAUUCAAAUUUCGUCAGAGUGGUGAGAAAAGAGACUUGGAAAUGAGGCGUGCUGAGGAAGGGCGUGGGGACAGCAUGGCAGGACGCGAUGGGGAUCAAAGCAACCAUCCAUUCAAUGCAUUUAGUCGCAUCUGGGAUACGAAGGAUAAUGAGUCCAACCAGCGCCGAGAAGCAACCCAGGAGGCAGAUGAGGCAUAUCGAUCAAUGGAGGCUGAAUACACGAAGUCGACCACGAUUUCUUCCGAGUAUGGCGCGAAGUUGGAGGAGAUUGGAGGUCGCCUGGAAUGCAGCGGACGGAGGUUAGGCGGCUGGGCGGCGAAACUUGAACGGAGAUCGGAAAGCAGCAGAUCAAACGUUGCAUGGGAACCGGAGAGCAGGAGUGAAGAACCCAUUGAGAGCGAUGAUGACAAUGUUGAACGGAACUCGGAGAGCAGGAAUGAAGAACCGCCUGAGAGCGACGAUGACGGUGGCGACGAUGAUGAACGGAACUCGAACAGGAAGAAUGAAGAGACCACGGAGAACGAUGAUGACGAUAGUGGUGACGAUAUUGACUAUUCACGAUGA